CCGCGGUGAGCAGCUGUUAAUACAGUAAAAGAAGACGGGGUGUAAACAGCCUGAGAAAAAGACAAAGCGCUGUGUGAGUUUGACUCACAUUUAAGACAAAGCUGAGUAAACGCUCCCACUAGUUAUGGUGCAUUAUUGCCCUGAUAUCACAGUUUAACUGGUGAGAAACAACUCAAACACAUCCAGGGGUUGUGUUUCUACAAAAUGGAGGAGGAGGAGGAAGCCCGGGCGAGUUACUGCAGGGAAAUGAUUCGUCGUGUCCGACUCCAGCAGCAGCAGCAGCUCGGCUCCCCGGGAGAGGAGGAGGAGGAGGAGGAGGAGAACAGGAGAGACGGACACGCAGGAGGCCACAGAAGGAGAGGCGGUGGAAGACAGGUUGUUGUAGCAGGGGGAGAGAUGGCAGAUUACACACAAAGUAACCUCCCUCUGUUGGACGGUACUAAAAGACACAGACAACAACCCUCCCUCGGCCUCGUGUGUCAAGGUCCCGAAGUUCGGUCCGUCCCCCUUCAACUCAUCUCAAUGCUGAGGCUCCAAACCUUCAAGGCGGAUGCGAGGCGGGCUGCGGAGGUGGAGCUCCAUGAUCCCGCUGUCUGCAGCGCCUGUGAGCAGGAACAGGCUUCUCUGGCCUUGACAACUUUUAUCUGGAGGAAGAAGACACAACUGCACAUGCAAACACUGAAGGGCAGACUAAACACACACUCGAGCUCCAGAGAUCGUGCCGGUUGGACGAGUUUGUGCAAAAAAAAUCUCCCAAAGCCAUCCAAUGCCCCUCACUGGAUUUGGGAGGGACUACUUGGUGAAGAUAUGCGGGUCACAGCAACCUGGGGUUACCGUAGCAACCAGCAAGGAACAUGGAGUUGCCCUGGCAACAGAUGAAAUGAGGGGUCACCCUGACAAAAGCGCUACAGGAACUCAUUUAGCAAGACCUCGCUGUCCUUUUCCAGACAGAUAGCUGCAGACAUGAUGGGCACAGUAUUAAUAUAAUAAAAGGAACAACGUA